AUGCCUAAGGCUCGAAAAGCUAAACAACGCUGUGUUUGCGGCGGAGGUGGCCUUUUUCGCGCCACUCUGGACUUUCCAACGACUACCCGCAACGGCCACCGAAGAGGCACAGAUUCGGGUACAAGAAGGCUGAAAAGCGCUUGUUGCCGGUGCAUACUGUCGAGACCAUCCUCAUUUCCGUCAUAUCGAUGCUCGUCGACCCCAACCACGAGUCGCCGGCCAACAUCGACGCCGCCUUACGUCCCUCAUUUGCUAACAGCUGCAAAAAGCGCACAGCACGCGUACAUUCACAGGUCCACCAGUAGUAGCAACCUUACAAGCAGCAAUUCACCACCCGAACAGGUGGAGGACUGGCUGUCCUACUGCCACGGCAAAGUUCUCGAUCUUUACAGAGGAGGGGGUGGCACUACUUGA